AUCCUGCUCGACGGCAUCGACAUCCGGGACCUCAACGUUCGAUGGCUACGUCAGAACAUCGGGCUAGUCAGCCAGGAGCCCACUCUGUUUGCCACGACCAUCGCUCAGAAUAUCCUGCUGGGUAACGACCGUGCCAAUAUGGAGGACGUGGUGCGAGCCUGCAAGGACGCCAACGCCUACGACUUCAUCAUGGACCUACCUAAAAAAUUUCAAACGUAUGUUGGGGAGAGUGGAGCUCAACUGAGUGGGGGUCAAAAGCAAAGGAUUGCCAUUGCCCGGGCAUUGAUCAGGAGCCCCAAGAUCUUGUUACUGGACGAAGCCACGUCAGCGCUGGACACGCAGAGCGAGGCGAUCGUUCAGGACGCCUUGGACAGGGCUUGUCGCGGCCGGACCACCAUCGUGAUUGCUCAUCGUCUGUCCACCAUCAGACAAGCUGAUCUGAUCGUGGCUUUUGAGAAGGGUCAGAUAGCGGAGAUGGGCACACACGACGAGCUGAUGGUGAAGAGAGGUGUCUAUUUCCAUCUCGUAUCAGCUCAGUCGAGAGGCGCUGAUCAAGGCACAACUGAUGACGAGGCCGACAUGAUGUCUGACGGCGAAGCGAUGGCUGCGAAAAAAAUGAAAAAAGGAACCAGCGGGGCAGAGCAGCCGAUA